AUGAAAGCAGCUGAUGAUAUCGUAGAUGUAUGGGCACACAAUCUUGAAACUGAGAUAGAAAAGAUUGCUCAACUACUACCUAAGUAUCAUUAUGUUGGAAUGGACACAGAAUUUUCAGGAUUUUUUGUGAAAUCGCCUCCUGUAACAGCAACAGACGAAGUUAAAUACCAAGCUGAACGUGAAAAUGUUAACAGAAUGAAAAUUAUACAGAUUGGCAUUACAUUGGCCGAUGACGAUGGAAAAGUUCCUCAACCAAUAUGCACAUGGCAGUUUAAUUUUAAAUUUGACGUAUCACAUGAUAUGCAAUCGCUAGAUUCAAUCAAUCUUUUAUACCAAUCUGGCAUAGAUUUUCAAAGAUUUGCAGAAGACGGAAUCGAUUUGAAUGAUUUCAUACCAAUUUUCUUCUCGAGCGGUCUUGUUAUGAAUGAACACGUCAUUUGGAUUACUUUCGCAGCAAGUUACGAUAUUGCAUAUUUAGUGAAAUUAGUCACAGCAGAUACUCUUCCGAAAACAUCGCGAGAAUUUGAUAAUGUUGUUAAAACAUACUUCCCUCACUAUUACGAUGUCCGCUAUAUGAUAAUGUCCAUUUUUCCUGGAAUUGGCUCUCUUCAGAGCACUUCCAAAGAUCUCGGCGUUGUUAGGUUUGGUCCAAUGCACCAAGCUGGAUCAGAUUCUUAUGUUACUUUAUUGUCCUAUUUUGCAGCAUGUAGGAAAUACUUUAAAGGAGCGAUUGUCCACGAUCGCUUUAGGAACAAAUCUUGUAAGUAG